CUUUUGAUCAUUAUCAGUAGCGAUCUUGCAGUCGUACUACUUACGUAUUCGUUUCCUUGCUUCCUUGUUCAGCGCAGUAGAAUGCAGUGUAUUAAAGUAUUUUAGAUCAUUUAUAUUUCAAUCUCACGAUGCAUCGUAUAAUUAAAAUUUUUACUUACUUGUGUAUUAUCGGGAUUUCCGGUUCAAAUGGAACAAACAUAUUGUGCCUGAUGGGAGUUCCUAGCCCUAGCCAUCACAUUUGGAAUCGAGUUUUGAUGGAAGCAUUGGCAUCGAAAGGAUUCAACUUAACAAUUGUUUCACCGGAUAUUGAAACGACGAUAAAACCGAAUUUGACGUAUAUUCAUUUGGAAGAAACUUAUCAUACGAUUCACGACGGUGACGGUGCAAUUGAUUUUUACGAGGUUGCUCAAGAAAAUAUGAUAAAGAGUAUGUUUUCGUUCUACGAUUAUGGAUUUGCAAUGUGUAGAGGUGUACUAAAAUCGAAAGGUCUGGAUGUGAUUUUGAACUACCCGAAUGAUUUCAAGUUUGAUUUAGUGCUAUACGACUUCACAUGCGGCCCUUGCUUAAUGGGCUUGUAUCACAAAUUCGGACAGCCUCCUUUGAUAGGGGUUACAGCAUUCAACAUUCCUCCUUAUACCGUUGAUUUGAUUGGUGGUCACAAGUAUCCGGCCUAUAUACCGUAUUACACGCUGACAUACGACAUAGACAUGAAUUUUUUUCAAAGAUUGAAAAAUGUUUUAAUCUACACAGCUGAUAGUUUGUAUCGUAAUUAUCACUUCAUUCCAACGACUGAUGAGCUUGUUCGGAGUCAUCCAGCAUUCACAAGUAUACCGUAUCUUGGAGAACUGGAUAAAAACGUGAUGUUGAUGCUAGUUAAUUCACACCAUUCAGUUGACUUUCCCGAGCCUAUUCCUCAAAAUAUGAUUCAAGUAGGAGGUCUUCAGAUCACUCCAACGAAGCCAUUGCCAGCGGACAUCGAUGCAUUUAUUCGAAGUGGCAAAAAAGGAGCAGUUUUGUUCUCACUUGGAACCAACAUUCUCAGCUCGGAUCUAGGAUAUGAACGGAUUGUUAUGUUUCUUGAUGCGAUCAGACAAUUUCCAGAAUACAAGUUUCUUUGGAAGUUUGAAGCUGAUCCGACGAAUUUUAAUAUUCCUGAAAAUCUAAUGAUGCGAAGGUUUUUUCCUCAGAAUGACAUCCUGGCACAUUCUAGUGUGAAGUUAUUCAUCACUCAUGCCGGUUUGUUGAGCACACAUGAGGCUACCUGGCAUGGUGUUCCGAUGGUUGGGAUUCCCUUCUUAGCUGAUCAGUACCGGAAUUUGGAAAAAUCUUUACGGGCGGGUGUCGCAGAGAGACUGGUGAUCUGGACUGUAACUACAGAACAAAUUGUUCAAACAAUCCGAAAAGUGUUGGAUGAUCCUUUGUAUCAACAACGAAUGCUGGAAAAAUCGGCACUUUUCCGGGAUCAGCUUGAUAAACCUUUGGAUCGUGCUCUCUGGUGGAUCGAUUGGUCUUUAAGACAUCCAAAUGCGAAAACCAUUCAAUCACCGGCUCUCCACCUGGGGUGGUUUCGGAGUGAACUUUACGACGUAAAACUGUUCGUUUUGUUUGUUUGUUUGGGAAUCGCAGUCCUUGCAAGAUGUGUUUAUCGAAUUUUAGUUGUUAGUAGUAUCAAGCCGGAUGAGGCGAAAAAACAAAACUAAGUGUCCAACUUCAUUUUUAUUUUAAUAUUGCAACGAACAAUCAUCGAUUGUAUUUUCUUUUCUUUACUGGUACUAUUCAAUAGUCACAAGCUUUCAGAAUGGCCAUGAAUGUGAAAAACAAUCUUCAUCUUGAGUCAUUCGAUUCAUCAGAAAUAUAAUGAAUAAACGAAGAAGUUUUUAGAAAAA